CAUUACUUUCACCCGCAGACAGAUCAGAUGAAGUCCAACCUUUGAUCAACUGGUCGUCUGUCGCCUCCUUCACCAUGGCCGAAGGAACUAAAAAAAACGACCCCAGCUCACCUGGGAACGUUUAUUUAAUAUUUUAUAAUGUGUUUCUCAGCGCUGGGUGGUUAAUUGUGCUGGUCCAGACCGUUCAUCACUUGUUUCACGAGGGCCGUACUGGACUGUGGGGAAGUACACAUGAGGUUCUAAAGAUAUUCCAGACUCUUGCAAUAUUGGAGGUUGUCCAUUCUGCUGUAGGAUUAGUACCUUCAAGAGUUGGUGUUGUGUUCCCUCAAGUACUGUCAAGAUUAGUUGCUCUCUGGCCUAUUCUACAUACAUUCAGAGAGAGCCAGACAAGCUUUGGUUACCCUCUAUUACUGAUUGCCUGGAGUGUGACUGAGGUGGUACGUUAUGCCUUCUACUUUCUGAACAUUCUUGACCGUGUGCCACACAUCAUCACAUUUUUGAGAUAUACCAUGUUCAUCGUGCUGUACCCCAUGGGAAUAACGGGCGAACUCCUGUGCAUUUAUGCAGCUUUGCCAGUUGCUCUGAAGACUGGCAUUUAUUCAACAACCAUGCCCAACAGCAUAAACUUCACAUUUAAUUUCUACUAUACAAUGAUCAUAUUUGCCUUGAUGUAUAUACCAGUUUUCCCCAUGCUGUACUCCCACAUGUUGGCACAGCGUCGAAAGGUUCUAGGAAGUGGACACAAGAAGACAGAUUAACUGUUAAACUGCAUGUGCAUCACUCUUGUGCUGAAGUCACUUGAGAAUUGCUACUACUUUAGGCAAAAUAUUCUUCAAACCAGACUAAAAAUUUAGUCACUAUUGUAGGCUUUUUCCCUAAGUAGUAAAACAUGUUUACAGUGGAAUGCUGGUACGAACAACUAUCCUUUAAUUGCUAAAGAAAUUGCAUAAUUAUAUAUUUGUUGUAUUGAAUUGUUCUGAGUACAUAAUUAAACAGGUGUACAUUUUUUUCUAGAUCAGCUAAUAAUUAUAGCAGGGUAUGGAUAUUUUUAUGUAUGGGAGUUGAAUUGUGUAGUAUGUUAUGACCAAUGAAACAGAAAAAGUAAAACUGUCCAGAA